CCACUGAGCCAGCUCAGCCAGGCAGGGAAGGAGGGAGUGGGACACAUUCUGGGAGUGCGGCGGGGAGGAGUCCUGGCUGGGCUAAGUGAGGGUUGCUGCUUGGCGGUGCCAGAGCCCAGGCCCCAGAGCCUUGCCGGAGAGGAGUUGAACCGAAGAGGCAGAAAGCUGUAUCCGCUGGGAAUGUGAGUGUCUUUUGUCCUGGUGUGAGGAGGUGACUGUGUGGCCUCUGGCUGGCUGGCCCGGCUGGCUGCAGCUCUGUCUCCAGCUGGGGCAGACCCGGCCUGGCUCCUCCUGGCUCCUCUUUAGGCCCCUCGAGGAGUGAGGCAGUGAUGGCGGACUGCUACACAGAGCUGGAGAAGGCGGUUGUAGUUCUGGUGGAAAACUUCUACAAAUACGUGUCUAAGUACAGCCUGGUCAAGAACAAGAUCAGCAAGAGCAGCUUCCGAAAGAUGCUUCAGCACGAGCUCAACCACAUGCUGACGGACACGGGGAACCGAAAGGCUGCUGACAAGCUCAUCCAGAACCUGGACGCCAACCACGAUGGACGCAUCAGCUUUGACGAGUACUGGACCUUGAUAGGAGGCAUCACCAGCCCCAUCGCCAACCUCAUCCGCGAGCAGGAGCAGCAGAGCAGCAGCUAAAGAACCCCCACCGUCCCCUCAUGGCACUGCCCCAAUGCCCGGCCCCUCAUGCUCUUCCCAGCCUCCUGCCCACCCAGGCCCUGCCCUCACUUCUCCCUCCAGACCUUCUGUUGAUCAUUGCUGAACAGGGGGAGGGGGUGAUGUCAGGGCCUCUUUGUGAGCAUCUCAGUCUGGGGGUGCCUACCUCAGGGUCUCAGUCCCUGGAGCCAGCAGACGCUGGGCAUCCAGGCCCUCAGUGCUGUUUGGGUAACCCAAGAGUUUCCUCAGUCCAUCUACCCUGCCAACAUCUGAUGUUCCUGCCUAAUUCUGAGUCUCUCUUGACCUCUGGGGGUCAGCUCGCUGCUCCAGGUCUUCCUGCUCCUGGCAUAAGCACCAGAGACAUCUCCCCUUCCCCUCAGCCCCUCAGCUGGGAAAAGACUUUCAGGUACUGCCCUCCAGUUAGCUGCCUCUGGGUCUGGGAAGAGAUAAGCAGGGUUGAGCCUUCUCCCUCCUCCUCAGCCCCUGAAGCAUGGCAAUAAAGGCUGGAUUUGAAAUUUGUUUCCCCCUCA